AUGCCGCCUCGCCGCCGCCCAUCGCACCCUGCCUUAGACGCCCAUGCUCGCCAUGGCCGGCUGGCCGCAUUCCUCAGGGCCUCGGCCUCCGCGGUGGCCGAAGCGGGCGGCGACCCGGCCGUUCUCCACGCGGUCCUCAUCAAGACCGCAUCGUCCUCUCGCACCGCCUACAACCUCCUCUUCUCCCGCUACCAUCCAUCCCUCUCGCUGCACCUCCUCUCCCGCCUCCCGUUCCACUUCCGCCCCACUGCCGCCUCACUCACCUCCUCGCUCUCUUCCCUCUCCGCUUCCUCCCCGGCCUCCGUGCUCCCGCUCCUCCGCCGCGUCCUCGGCAUGUCGCCUGCUCUCCUCGCCGACGGCCCGCUCUCCUCACUCCUCCGCUCCAUGCCGCCGUCCAUUGCACCCCACGUGCACGCCCUCGCCUUCAAGCUCGCCCUAUCGUCGUCCCCCUACUCCGCCUCUUGCCUUAUUACCCUCACCCGCAUCCGCCCGCUCACCGCAUCCGCCCGCUCACCCGCAUCCGCCCGCCACCUGUUCGAUGAAAUCCCUGUUGCAAACCGGGACCCCGUUUGCUACUCCUCUACGAUUGUUGGGCUUGCACAGAACGGGUGGUACGAAGAAUCUCUCAGUGUCUUCGCUGGCAUGCGUGUAAAUGCUGUUGAUUCUACCAUGUAUGCACUCUCCGGUGCUCUCCGGGCUGCUGCAGGGCUUGCUGUGCUGGAGCAGACUUGUGGGAUUCACGCGCAUGCGGUGGUGGUUGGGCUUGAUGGGAAUGUGUGUGUUGGGACUGCCCUGGUGGAUGCUUAUGGUAAGGCUGGAGGUGUGGAUGAUGCAGCCAGGGUUUUUAAGGGGUUGGGUGCUGACCGGAACCUGAUUACAUGGAACACGGUGCUGUCUGCUCAUGCUCAGCAGGGAGAUGUGCAAGCGGUCAUUGGACUGUUUAACCAGAUGAUGGAGCUGGGUUUUGCUCCUGAUGGGCUAACAUUCCUUGCUGUUCUCACGGCAUGUAGUAAUGCCGGAGCAGCCACUGAAGCUGAGUUUUGGUUGGAAACAAUGCAGUCAAAGUACAGUGUGAAGCCUGGCCUUGAGCAUUAUACUUGCGUGGUGGGUGCAAUGGCACGGAUGGGGCGUCUAGAGGAUGCAGAGAGUGUUGCUUGUACAAUGCCAUGCAAACCGGAUGCAGCAGUGUGGCGGACGCUUCUAAUGGGCUGUGUGGUUCACCGCAAGGUUGACCUGGCAGAAUCCAUGGGACAGAGGCUUCUGGAGAUUAAUCCCAAGGAUGACUCGGCUUAUGUCCUGCUUGCCAACGUCUACUCAGCUGCUGGGAAAAAGAACGAGGAGGCUGAGGCAUGGACUGCAAUGAGGGACCAUGGAGUCAGGAAGGAAGGUGGCAGGAGUUGGAUUGAGGUUAGAGGGCUGGUACAUGUGUUCGUUGCAAACGAAAGAAGACAUGAACAGCUGCUAGAAAUAUAUGACAAACUGACUGAAUUGAUUCUAGAGGUAGAGAAGUUAGGGUACAAGGAGACAGAUGAGGGGUUUGGGCAUCAUAGUGAAAGAUUGGCCCUUGCAUAUGGGUUGAUCAGUGGUGCUGCACCAUCAGGAAAGGUGUUGAGAAUAGUUAAGAAUUUGAGAAUAUGUGCUCAUUGCCAUGAAUUCUUCAAGUAUGCUAGCAUGGUGAUCGACAGAGUAAUUGUAGUACGGGAUGUCAAUAGGUACCACACAAUUAAGAAAGGUGAUUGCAGCUGCAGAGACUGCUGGUGAAACACAUAUAUCCUGAGGGUAAACUAUGAUGCAAGAAGCAUUAUUACGAUUUUCGGAUACUCCACGAGAUAAUUGGCUUCAUAAAAAACUCACCGCAGGAUUGAUUGGAAACUUGCUUGGAGUUGUUGCCAUAGGGUUUACACUCUUCUAAGCAAGUGAAAGCUUCUUUGGUUUGUACAAAACAAGAAGGUUGAAGAUCGGACUGACCCACAUUUUCCCACUGUCCAAGGCAUAGUAUUUCUGGGCUUGAAGGUUGAGGCAUUGAUACAGUUUAUACUCCAACAGGGUGCAUCAAAAAAUUUGAAUCUCAUGUAGUGGGAUAAACUCUGGACAAUCAACAAGAAGAUAAUUGAUCCAGUGUGCGCAAGGCAUACUUCUGUGCUAAAAGACCAGUGUGUCAUCUUUACUCUUCAAAAUGGUCCAGGCCAUUUAUUCGAAUAAUCGAAUUUUACCAAGACAUAAGAAAUUUUAGGGUGCUGGAAAGAAGGCUACAACCUUUGCCAACAGAAUUUUGGCUCGAUUUUGCUGAUGUGGUAGCUACUACCGAGGGUGAGGAAGUAACCUUUAUGGAUUGGGGGAAUGCUACUGUUAAAGAGAUCAAGGUGGAGUGUGGAGUAAUUACUGAACUAGUUGGAGAACUAAAUCUUGAGGGAUCUGUGAAAACAACAAAACUGAAGAUCACAUGGCUAGCAGAUAUAGAGGAGCUAGUUCCCCUUUCAUUGGUGGAAUUUGAUUAUCUCAUCAGCAAGAAAAAGGUGCUCUGACAUUAGCUAGUGUUUUGCUUUAUCCGAAGAAGUUAGGUGGAGGAGCAGUGUUCAGCAGGUGGGUGCCUUUCGGUUCAUCAGUGAGAGGAUUUCACCUGAAGCGAGGAAGACCCAUUUCUUUGGUCGCAUCGAUGGAAUGGCUGACAAAGUAGUCUUGUUUGAAGCCGGUCAAGCUGGUCCACCAUUUUUUUUUGCAGAGUACGGGUGUUAACUGUGAUUCAAGGCAUAUUUCCCUUUUAUCUUGAGUCAUGGAUCAAGAGUCGUCUAAAUGCCUCUCAAGAGAAGGCCGGUUAGUUGAUCCUUGCAUUUAGUCUUCAUUAUAUGAGACAUAUCAAUUUGGCAACGAAUAGCUGAUGCUGGAGCUGGACUUGAUGGGGACUAGCUUGGGAGCCCGCACUCAGCUACUCGUGCUGGAAUUUGUGUUCAUUAUUCGAUUCUCGUUUAUUAGUUCAACAGUUGAACUGUUGAUUCUGUGAAGAAACGAAAAUAAUUUAGACGUUUGGUGGGAUUCUCGUUUAUUUUCAUCCAUAGGUGGAUUAUAAACGAAACCGGGCAGGGCCUAACUACGAAAUAGUAGUGGAAUCCAACCUUUUCCUUCUUUUUUUAAUAGUAUAGCAAAGCACAUUUCAAAGAGACACGUCAGGGGGCUUUAUAUGAUUUUUUCUUCCACGUAGUUCUCCCUCGCACAAUCUCCUCGUACUUGUCGCCUGCUUUCAGCUGCAGAAGGUGCGUGUACUUCAUCGGGCUGUGCUGGAGCGCACCUGCCAAGCUGUGGUGGCCACUGAUGAGUUCCGGCGAGAGCGAAGGCCCGAUGGCCAUACUGACAUCUUCUUGCGGUGGAAUCGAGUCGUCAUCAGGUUGACAGAUGGACUGCACGACAUCUGAGCUCCCACACUCUUUCCUGUACUCCAGGAUGAUGCUGCUGAGCUGGUUCUGCUGCUGGAAGUGAUCAGGAAGAGUCUGCAUAGCACAGAAGAGGAAACUAGUACAAAAACUUCGUUAAGAGCAAGACAAGUUUGUUUGGUUCCAUACAUACCUAGCGAAGUAAGCAAGAUGGCAUGGCGGUCGAUGAACCACGGCGCGAUCUCGGCCCGGACCUCCUCCGGCAUCUUGGACAGCCUCCUCGUCACCUUGUUCAUCAUCACCCACGUGCUGCAGGGAGAUGACAGAAAACUUUUGCCUUCAUCAUCAUCUGCUGCAUGCACAGGGCGAUGUCUAACGUUCGGUCGGGAGGACCAGGCUAGCUUGCCUUGUUGCGCGGACGAAGACGUCGCCGGAGUUGCGGCCACGGAUGAGCCAGUCCCGCCGCAUGCCGUUCUUCCCCGACGAGCCCACCCAGGUAUCGAUGUCCAGCACCUCUCCCCUGAAACAACGGGACAGACCGAGAUAAGCCUGUCUGUCAUGAAUCAUGAGCGCAGACGAUGCAUGCAUGCAAUGGGUCCGUGCCGUGAAUUUACCAGAUCGGGUACUGGUCGACUUGGACGUGCAUCCUGGAGACAACCCAGAUGAGGUUGUUCCUGAUCAUGCCGUGCGUGGCGCCGAAGCCGUCGCCGAGCAGCCCUGACAUCCAGACGUGGUUCAGCGCGGUCUCCUGGAGGAGGUUGAGCACCGUCUCCAGAGUGGCCGUCUUGUCGGGGCCGACCUCGUACGACCGCACCACCAGAGUCUGCUGGUACCGCACGCCGCCCUCCACGAUCAGCGCCUGCCGGAACGGGUCCACGGUCUGCUUCUCCGUCGGGAUGUUCUGCCGGCUGCGCUCCUCGCCGGCGUCGUCCGUGGGCAGCAGCGGCAGCAGCGGCGGACUCAGCUCCGCCAGCGACCUGUUGAUGGACGUCUCCAGCGCCGCCCCGACCUGCAGCGGCGCGCGGUGUGCCGCGCCGUUCACCCUCACGGCAUUGCCGCCGCCACCGCCACCCGAGGGGGACGCCGAGCACCUGACGACGAAGACGCGCGAGCAGGAGACGGUGCACGCCAUGCGGCUACGACGUAUGUACCAACAGCUAGCGGCGCACACUCCGCGACGGCUGGCCCACCGACGAGCUUAGUGACGUCGAAUCCCGAUAUCGGCUGUCACCUGCGGGCGUCGUCAACACAACGAUUAGGGAGCUGGGACAUGACACGGCAAUCGUCCAGGCGCCACGGCGGCUCAUAUAAAUGCGUGCGGGUGCGGCGGCGGACGCGCCAAUAGCUGCAUUGUUUGGCCGUCGUUCCACACGACAAGGAGGGCGAGAGCAACGUUCUUGUACUUUGUAGCACGCCAUCGCAAGAAACAAGGCAGCAAGGGAACGCCGAGAGAGUGCUGUUGACUCGCGGCAGUGGCGUAAACUACGAAUACGAGACGCUCCCAGGCUCAGAUCUGUCCGCAGGGCCACACUAGCUCGGUUUUGGAGUCGUCGUUUGAGCUCUGUUUCAUGCGUCGCUGCUGAUGCGAUCAUCAGCAAUUCUGAUGCCUAUGUGCUGCACACAAGCCAUCUUGUUCUUUUCCUA